AUGCUGACUGCAGCACGGCCCUAUCUGCAGUUGCUCGCGCUGCUGACGCUGACGCCGCCACUCAGCUUCUCUGCCAUUCUGCUGCUGGGCAUUGAUGUGACCCAUGUAAACAUCAGAAUACUCAACUUUGAAAUUCUAAUGUUAGAGGUCGAGGACUUCACAAGUGCCCAGGGCAGGGUACAAAAGCUCUGCUACCCGCUGCACUUGAUCGUCAUUCAUGGCAAUAUGCUGAUAUACUUUCGCAAACUGGGUAGCAUUUACACGGAGAUAGCAGCCCUGGAGAGGGACAGCGAUGCCGCCUCGCAAUCUUUGGGUGGGCUGGGAAAACGUCUCAAGUUUCGCCAGCGGUUGGCUGAUUGGAUUUCGGUGAUCUCACUGACCGAAUUUAUGGACUGGUACUACAAGAUUUUUACCGAAUUAAUCUUAGUCAUGUUUCAAAUGAAAAUCGUGGAAUACGGCUUGUUCGUGCUCUUCGUGGAGGAACUGCUGCUGCUCAUCCAACUGCAGCAGGAGUUUACCAACUGCGAGCACCACGCUCUGCUCCAAGCCUUGUGUGUGGCACUCCAGCGCAAUAAGGGAAAUAGCAAUCCGGAAUGGCUCAGCAAUAUUCUGCGAGAAUAUGUACUGCAAAUGGAGCAUUUAGAGCUGCGCUUUAGUUGCAGGAAUUUCUUUGAUAUAAAUCUAAGGAGCUUUGGUGGCAUGGUGCUCACAAUAGUUAGUUAUAGCAUUAUUCUGAUACAGGUCAAGCUAAAAGACUUGGUCGAGGCAAAGCCAAAAAGCUUGCCGAAAGCUCAAUGAAAGCUCUGCCCUGCUCUAUGUUAACUUAACAGACCUUCAGCUUAAC